UUGCUCACUGACGAAGAACACUUCUCUUCGGGGAAGAGUGGAUGGAAGAUGCAUGGACUUGGGUUUAACUCAAAAUGAUUAUAUAGAUGAGAAACCUCUUUUCCAGUCUACCGUAUCAUAAUAGUGUGCAUAUUUGCGGAGUCUUUUGCAAUACCUGUUUAAUCACCACUUCUGUAAAUGUUUCUGAACAGUCCUGGAGAAGAGAUGAAAGCACCAGAUGCUGCAUUGUUGGACCAGCUGCAUAACUGUACGGUUUGCUGACAACACCGUGUUGCCUCAUGGACAACGGGGAUCAAAAUGGUUAUGGACACCAACAGCAGUUUUAUUUACAGUAACAUCAGGUCCAACAUGAUAGAAGAAAAACCGAGGGAUCUCAGCACCACUAGAAUGAUUUCAGAAUCGCUGGACUUACAUUAUUUAUUAAAGAUUAUACACAAAGCAACUCCAAGUUCCCUGCCAACUUCCAGCCUGUUUACAGAGAACGAUACCCAAUGCGGGGAGAAUAUUCUGAAUUACGGAAACAUGGAAAAAAUAGUUAUUGGGGGUAUUCUUACGAUGCUCACUUUACUGACUAUUGCUGGAAACUGUUUGGUAGUUAUUUCUGUAUGCUUUGUAAAGAAACUAAGACAGCCUUCGAAUUAUCUAAUUGUUUCUCUGGCUCUGGCUGACCUCUCGGUAGCAGUGGCUGUAAUGCCGUUUGUCAGUGUGACGGACCUUAUUGGUGGACAGUGGAUCUUUGGACAGGUUUUCUGUAACGUCUUUAUAGCGAUGGAUGUGAUGUGCUGUACAGCUUCAAUCAUGACCCUGUGUGUUAUAAGUAUAGAUAGGUACCUUGGAAUAACUAAACCUUUAACGUACCCUGUGAGACAAAAUGGAAGAUGCAUGGCCAAAAGGAUCCUGUGUGUUUGGCUCCUGUCUGCCUCCAUUACUCUGCCUCCUCUCUUUGGCUGGGCCCAGAAUGUAAACGAUGACAAAGUGUGUUUGAUCAGUCAAGACUUUGGCUACACCAUUUACUCUACCGCUGUGGCGUUUUACAUCCCCAUGUCGGUGAUGCUGAUCAUGUACUACCAGAUAUACAAAGCCGCCAAGAGGAGUGCUGCUAAACACACAUUUUCUGGCUUUCCCCGGCCAGAAGAGAAUGACGGCAUCGACUGCGCCCCGGGAGCCAUAAAACUGUGCAAGGAGUCGGAAGAGUGUGCCAAUUUUUCUCGGCUUCUCAAGCACGACAGAAAAAACAUCUCCAUUUUCAAAAGGGAGCAAAAAGCAGCCACCACCCUGGGGAUUGUUGUGGGGGCGUUUACGGUUUGCUGGCUGCCUUUCUUUCUGCUGUCCACAGCAAGGCCCUUCAUCUGUGGCAUCGAGUGUAGCUGCAUCCCCCUCUGGGUAGAGAGGACAUUAUUGUGGCUGGGCUAUGCCAAUUCCCUCAUCAACCCUUUUAUAUAUGCCUUCUUCAACCGGGACCUGCGGACCACAUACCGGAACCUGCUGCAGUGCAAAUACAGGAACAUCAACCGCAAACUGUCAGCGGCAGGGAUGCACGAAGCUCUGAGGCUUGCAGAGAGACCCGAACUGCUUUGAGGGAACACUGUCUGUAACUUGGUUAUAUACUUUACCCCUGUGCCUGACUUUAUCCCCAAACUUCAUGGGGCUUUCUUUUAUUACAUUUUCUAUACACGCUUGGGGUGUUUAGAAAAUAUGAAUAUUGUGUCUCAGUUAGCCUCUCCUUUAAGGUGUAUUAUGUUAACGUGGGGUUUUAUAAUUCUAAAAUGAACACCUGGUGUCACUAAAAAAAAUGUAACGAAGUUGUUAUUUUUAAAGAGGAAAGUUAAAUCCAUCCAUCCUCUUUGUCCCCUGAUACCUUAUUACUUUAAAUGCCUUUUUAUUAUUAUUAUUAUUAUUAUUAUUAUUAUUAUUAUUAUUAUUAUUAUUAUUAUUAUUAUUAUUAUCAUUAUUAUUUAUUUUUUAGCAGACGCCCUUAUCCAGGGCGACUUACAAUCGUAAGCAAAUACAUUAAGUGUUUUUACCAGUGCAAGAUCUUUAGCAGCGUUGCUAAUUCUAAAGAAAGAUACAUUAAAAUAUACCUUUGAAGCUAACACAGCUUUCAUGUCAUUUACUUUCUGACUUCACUACAUUUUUAAUGCAUUUAUAGCACUAAGUAAAGCAAAGUAUUGCAUGCAGGCAAUAAAAAUGUGCAUUAUAAAUAUCAUAUGGGAGAUACUGAAAUUGAAGAAGGGAACUGUGAAAAAGACCUAGGAGUUUAUGUUGACUCAGAAAUGGCUUCAUCUAGACAAUGUGGGGAAGCUAUAAAAAAGGCCAACAAAAUGCUCGGAUAUAUUGUGAGAAGUGUUGAAUUUAAAUCAAGGUAAGUAAUGUUAAAACUUUACAAUGCAUUAGUAAGACCUCACCUAGAAUAUUGUGUUCAGUUCUGGUCACCUUGUUACAAAAAGGAUAUUGCUGCUCUAGAAAGAGUGCAAAGAAGAGCAACCAGAAUUAUCCCGGGUUUAAAAGGCAUGUCGUAUGCAGACAGGCUAAAAGAAUUGAAUCUAUUCAGCCUUGAACAAAGAAGACUACGCGGCGAUCUGAUUCAAACAUUCAAAAUCCUAAAAGGUAUAGACAAUGUCGACCCAGGGGACUUUUUUGACCUGAAAAAAGAAACAAGGCCCAGGGGUCAUAAAUGGAGAUUAGAUAAAGGGGCAUUCAGAACAGAAAAUAGGAGGCACUUUUUUACACAGAGAAUUGUGAGGGUCUGGAACCAACUCCCCAGUAAUGUUGUUGAAGCUGACACCCUGGGAUCCUUCAAGAAGCUGCUUGAUGAGAUUUUGGGAUCAAUAAGCUACUAACAACCAAACGAGCAAGAUGGGCUGAACGGCCUCCUCUUGUUUGUAAACUUUCUUAUGUUCUUAUGUUCUUAAACCACAAUAGGAUAUGACAGUAUUGCAAAGCCUGGCUUAGGCUAAUGUUAAAACAGUAUUGAAAAAAUAUUUUAAAUAAAUGCUGAAUUGGUAUUAAAUGUUGUUGAGUUUACUCCUGGGUAAAAUACAAUAAAGUAGGCCACACACUAUACUGUGAAGUGUCUUAACUCAAGUAAGUAAAAUAUAAUAUA